GCCAAAGCAUGAGCAAGGAGGAUCACAGGCUGCCGCUCGGCUUCCCCCACCCCUUCGCUCAGCUCGAUGUCGGAACGUUCCGAAGAUGACGUCACCGAGCCUCGAAUCCCGUGUCGCUCCGCUUCCGAAGGAAAGGAAAAGCAACAAGAAGGAAGAGCAAUGGCGACACUGGAUCGCAAAGUGCCCAGUCCGGAGGCGUUCCUGGGCAAACCGUGGUCCUCCUGGAUCGACGCCGCCAAAAUACACUGCUCCGACAAUGUAGAUUUAGAAGAGACUGGAAAAGAGGGCGCAAAAAGCAGGGAGGUUAUGAGGCUUAAUCGAGAAGAUAUGCACUUAUUUGGGCAUUACCCUGCUCAUGACGACUUCUACUUAGUGGUGUGUAACGUGUGCAAUCAGGUAGUCAAGCCCCAGGUUUUCCAGUCCCAUUGUGAAAGAAGACACGGUUCAAUGUGCAAACCUUCUCCAUCCCCAGCUUCUCCUCCCUCCAACAGCAGAACAUCCCUCACACAAAUGAAGCAGAAAACGUGUAUCAGCAGCCAUAACCCUGUCAACAGCAAUUCAAAGCCAUUCAAAACGCCCAAAGACAAUCUACUUACCUCCAGCAACAAGCAGCACACAGUGUUUACCCCUAAAGUGUCAAGAGAUAAACCAUGUGUCCCUGUUCCAGUAGUCAGCCUCGAGAAAAUCCCAAACCUUGUCAAAGCAGAUGGUGCCAACGUUAAAAUGAAUUCAGCCACCAACACCUCCUCCGCAGCGGCUUCUUCGGCUUCCUCUUUGACAAAGCCAACUGUGCCACCCAAGCUUGUGCAACAGUCUCCAGAGAAGAUCCUAAACGGGAAGGGACUCUCUCUAGACAAAAAGCAUCAAAAUGGCACCAAAAACAGUAAUAAGCCUUACAAAAGACUUUCUGGCAAAGAAUUUGACCCAAAUAAACACUGCGGCGUAUUGGAUCCAGAGACGAAGAAACCAUGCACAAGAUCCCUCACUUGCAAGACUCACUCUCUCAACCACCGGCGUGCAGUUCCGGGUCGGAAAAAACAGUUUGACAUUCUUCUGGCUGAACACAAAGCUCGAUCGAGGGAAAAAGAAGUAACAAAAGACAAAGAGCAUCCGCAGUCCUCACGAGAAACACACCCAAACCAACCCACACCAGCACAAGACCAGUCAUCUGGGCAGCCAGCAAAUUCUGUUCAGGAGCCCAAAGUGACAUCUCCGGCAAAAUCCAGACCUCCAAACUCUGUCCUACCAAGACCAUCUCCUGCAAACAGCAUAAACAGCACAAAUUCAUCAAACCACAGUGCUUUUGUGUCCGAGCCCCCGUCUAAUCCUGCAGUAGGGGAUCUGGCAUCUCGGCUCUCCAGCGAUGAAGGGGAAAUUGAAGGUGUAGAAGAAGCAGAGAAGCUAGACUGUUACUAUUCUGGACAUCAUCCUAAACCACUUGCGUUUUGCUCAUUUGGCAGUCGACUGAUGGGAAGAGGUUACUAUGUUUUUGACAGACGAUGGGACCGGUUUCGUUUUGCAUUAAAUUCUAUGGUGGAGAAACACCUGAACUCACAGAUGUGGAAGAAAAUUCCACCGGCCGCGGAUAGUCCAAUGCCAUCUCCAUCAGCACAUACUGGCAGUCCUUUCCCUGCUUCUGUUUUGCAACCAUUCAGCAACCCUAAUUCAGUCUACAUUUCCUCCGCUCCCACAAACUCAAGAAGCAACUCUUCAUACAUGGUGACGCCUGGCAUAUUGUCAAGUACACCAUAUGUUACAUCCUCUGACACGAACUCUGUGGCAUCACACUCCACAGCUUUCCCCCAUGCUGCUGCCACACUAAAUAUUAUGGAUUCUACCUUCAAAGCUCCUUCAGCUGUGUCCCCUGCACCGACCACGACCCCUUCGCCGUCCCAUAAGCCAUCAAAACCCAAGCCCAGCAAGUCUUCAAAGGCAAAAGACCUGUCUUCAAGAAGUGACGAGCCCUCGAGUAACAAAAAGAAAAAGCCUCAGCCUCCACCUUCUUCUUCGUCCUCUUCGUUACCUUUGCAAACUUCCUCCUCGUCUUCGUUUUCAGGGUCCCACAAAAAAAACUGUGUUUUGAACUCUAGUACAACAGUGAACUCCUAUCAGGCAUCUUCUUCCUAUAACAGUGUGUCUGUACACAGUGCAAACAAUGGAACAAGCCCAAUUAGUGCCAAACUAGAAUCCCCAGGAAGGACUUCUUUAUCUGGUAGCUCAACAGACUCCAUAAAACACAUGAGCAUGGUAGUUAGCAGUAUUGAUUCCAGCCUGUCUGUGUCUUCCCUUGUGCACCACCCAGGGGAGCACACGCUGGCAGCACACAAUGCAGUGUCCUCGUUGCCCCUUCCGUUUGACAAAUCGGAAGGCAAAAAACGAAAAAACUCUAGUGCGAGCAGCAAGGCCUGCAAAAUCACUAAAAUGCCUGGUAUGAACAGUGUUCACAAAAAGAGCACCACCAACCUUAUAUCUUCUGUGCCAGAGCCCCCAAAUAGCUCCAUCCCCAGACCGAUGGGCAAAAGCAGCAGUGUAGCUUUGUCACAGACUACUGCUUCGAGUACAUCCGCUCCUGCACAUAACAAACAGAAGACUACAAACCGCACUGGCAGGAUAAGGACGCUUCCGUGACAUUGGGAGAGAAAAGCCGAUUUCCCCAUAAAUCUCAGCAGUCCUGCCCUGCACAGGGACAUUGUCGCCUUUUAGACAUGUUAGUCUAAAGUUUACAGAACCAAACUGGGUGUUGUUGCUUUGCCACUUCCGGUUACCAUUGGUUGGUGUAUUCCUUUUCUUCUGUAGAAUACCGUCUUCAUAGCCUCAAAGGUGGUGGGAAAACGAAAAUCAGAAAUGUCAAUAUGCCUAUAAGCCCUUGUUGCAAGUGGAAUCUGCUGACUGCGCCAAGGUUGCAUCUGCUGUUUUUGUAUUUUGCUCUGUUUUAUCACCGGUAGGUGCUGAAGCCUCAUUUCAGUCACUGUGGAGGUUGCUGCGGCAGAAAAAUGUAAUCACAAAACUUGAGUGACAAAAAACUGAAAUGAAUUGUGGUUGUUGACUGAUGUAAACGUUGCUUACAACUUGUAAUACAGUGUUUAAAGUGCAGAACCUAGGAGUGCUACAUACAUGCCGUAACAAGGUUUUAUGUACAGUUGCCUCUUAUAAUGAAUGCCAGUAUUCUGCUAUUUUCUUUGGAAUCGGUGGGACAGAAGCGAACUCUGUUAGAAUUCCCUUGCUUCGCUGUUUUCUGUAAAACUAAAACGUGCCCCUGGUUUAUCGGGCAAGUCCAUGUGUUUUUUUCACAUUUAUGAUGUCCGGUCAUCUCUAAAAAUAUAUAUAGAACAAAGGAAACACAAUUAAAUAUGAGGGCACAUGUCCAGUAAGAAUAAUGCAAUAACAUUUCUAUUUAAUACAUG